CAACUUUCGUCAGCAUCACAGACAUGCUCGCCAGAUGACGCUGAAUUUCUCCUGCAACACCGUCUAAACCGAGUCCCUGGUCUGCGGGCCUGUCAGAGGUUUCAGCUUGAGCACGAUCCUAGAGGGCAGGGCCUAAGAUCUGAGUGCCCUCUCUCUCCAUCUGUACCCCUCCCGUACCUCUUAUGCUCAGAUGAUGAGUGCCUCUCUAGUGGAGAUUGACUGACUGUGAAGAACCUGCUAGCAGAACUGUAUAGGUUAGUGCUGGAUCCAAGGUCGCACUGUAAUAAGAGUUCAUCACUCUUCUCUUUCUCGCCAUUUUUCUCUUUCUCAUCAAGAGGAGGCUCUUGAGGUACCAGAGCCAGACGUAGAGGCUGUCGGACCCUGAGUCGGACACAGUAUUUAGCAGUAAACAUGACAAACCCCUGCAUGUUGGCUCUGGAACUACUGGGGAUGCUGAUUGGGACAGGAGGUUGGUUCUGCACACUGGCUGCCACUAUCAUGCCUCAGUGGCUGUCACAGUCAUCUGAACUGCUGGCCACAGAAAGCUAUGAGACAGGGCUAUGGGAGGCCUGUGUGGUUCAGGAAAUAGCUGGAAGUGAGUGUCGUCCCUAUGACACUAUCCUAGGCCUAAAGCAAAUGUUCACGCUGGGUCGGGUUCUGAUGUGCCUGUCGGAUGCCACAUCUCUUCUUGGACUUCUCCUGGCCAUCCCUGCAAUGAGUCAGAUCAACUGCUGUAAGGGUGAGGAGGGGCAGCGGACCAAGAAAGGUUUGAAGAUUACAGCGGCUGUGUUUUUGUGCAUUGCUGGAUUGCUGGUGCUUGCUCCCGUCUCGUACGUCGCCCAUGACACUGUACAGAAGUUCUUUGAUGAGACGGUACCUCAUGUAGUGUCACGUUCAGAGUUUGGGGACGCACUAUUUGUUGGCUGGGCUGCAGGAUUUUUGGACAUUGUUGCAGCUGUACUGCUAUUUACGUCUUCUUGUUUUGGCUCAAGAGACAGUGAACAACAUCUGGUGUAUCACCAUCAAAGACAAGUGAUCAGAACUGUUGAUGGAUCUUCAAGGAGACGCACUGAGUAUGUUUGAGUGUAUAUUGUCUUCAAAUGUCUGUACAGAAUAUUGAGAAAAGCUCAUUUUAGAUUUUACUUUAUGAACUGAAUAUUUAUCUUGUAAAGGCUUUUUUGCCCCUUUGGAAACCUUUUAUAAUUACACUCGGUGUAUCCUUCAAUUAAACCCAUAAAAAAAGGUGAAGCAUUAUUAUGUAUUUAUCUUUCCGUAUCUGAGUAGUAUAUCUGAUUCUCCUCAUAUAGGUAAUAUAAAUCUUUAAAGUUUGUUUGUAUGUUUUUAAUUGCUUUCAAAGAGCUGUAGUGAAUGAAAGGUAAGAACUUUUUUAGUAAACAGUUUGUGGAUUUUCAUAAAGGAA